AUGCCCGUACUGCGAAAAGAGCUAGAGGAUGGCACUGAGCAAGAUGUUACUGAGGAGGAGCUCUUCAAAUUCACUCGAUAUCGUUGGCUUCAUGACGAACCAUCGCAGCUUGCCGCACGGUAUCGGAAAUUCAACGUACCUGCUCUCGUUAACGUAGCGGUGGCGGCUGCUGGGAAUGGCUCACGUCAUUUUGAUAAUCCCAUGCAACUGGACGAUGAAGGUGUCAAGUUGUUGAAACUGCUCGAAGGACAACAUAACAAAGCAUUCCUCCUGACUACGGACAAUGGAGGCGAGGUCGUAGCUAGAGUUCCGAACCCCAAUGCCCGCCCGCCUUUCUACACGACUGCUUCCGAGGUCGCGACGCGAGAUUUUGUUCGACGGAUUUUCCCUGUUCCGGUUCCCGGCGUCAAAGCAUACUCAUGCAAUGCUGAUAACCCAGUUGGCGCCGAGUACAUUAUUGAAGAGAAGGCUCCCGGAGAGCGACUGAGCAAAUUCUGGGACGAGCUAUCAUACGGCAUGCAGGAAGUGAUUAUGCGAGAGAUCCUCACGUUCGAAACGAAAUUGACAUCUGCAAUAUUUUACGGCGAUGGCUGCCUCUACUUCAGAGAUGACCUAGUUGGGAAAUCUGCCAAGUCUAUGGAAGUAGAGGUCGCAUAUAUCGCACGCGAAUGGCUUCUGGAUUUCGAUUACUCCGUGACCAAGGAUUAUGUUCUUGGGCCCUCCCUUGCGGCAGACCUAUGGCAAGAUAAACUGAGGAUCAAUACGCUCGGGCACAUGAUUGCUUUAGCGCGAAAUGAACAAGAGUGGACAAGGAAACUCGCCAAGCCACAAAUAAACCCCUAUCUUGGGACAUAUGAGUCUCCUAACGAGUACAUGGCCUUAUUACAAAAGUAUAUCGACCUAUUGCCACAUCUCUGGCUUCCACCGCUCAGGUCAGAGUUUGCGCUUCGGAAUCUAAACCCUGAGAACAUCUUCGUCGACCCCGAAACCAUGCGGUUGACCUCAGUCAUCGGUUGGCAGGGUGCAUUCAUAUCGGAGGCAUAUUUUCAUCAUGUGUAUCCUCCCUUCUUGAAAGGACAGGCCCACCCGCUAUACUUGUACGAUACUCUGACUAAAUCGAUGCAUGAGAGUACAUGGACCGCCACGCACUUUCGACACCGGGACCGACUUGUCAACCCGGCCAAAUAUGUCACUGGCGCUUAUGAGACUGACAAUGUUCCUUUAUUCCGACAAUCCCUUCUGGAACUGAGGAAUUGUGAUUGGUCGCAGUUGAAGUCAUACAACUCGAGUUCAACCCGUUUUCCUAUAAGCUUCAGCCAAGAAAAACUACGAGCUCACUCAGAGGCGUGGGAAGCUCAUCAGGCGCUGGCAACCUGGAUCCACGGCUACAGUGACUUCUUCAAAGUCUUGCCGCACGGAGGAAUGGUUCCUGCAGAAGACUAUGAAGUCUACGUGGAAUCCAACCGCCUGUUCAAGGCUGGAUUCAUGGAAGACCAUGGGCCGACGACCGAUCUCGAGGAAGCUUUUUACUCAAGAAUGUGGCCCUGGCAGGAUACUGAACUUAGGCAUGCAGACUAUCCCCCCGCCGAAGCGGUACCGCAUCUAAUUUCUGGACGAUAA